CGCCCUCUCUCGUCCCUUCAUUUUUUAGCAGCAAGCUUUCUGUAUGCUUAGAACUCCUUUGCCCCUUUUCGAGUCAUCCGCAAAAAUGCCUAUCGUUUGGAAUUCUCUUGGAAUUUCUCCAAUCCAAACGAAUCCUACGGAGAUCAAAUCCUCCGACAAGCUUGCCAUUUUCCCCCACCCUAAACCCGUCCGUAAAAAGUCCCCCUUUCAAAACCCUAGACUGCCACCACCACACCUCCGGACAGCCGCCAUCUCCAAUUCAGCAGUAGCAGCAGCAGCAGCUCCUGCGUCGCCACCCAUGGCCGCCAGCGAGAGCCAGAGCGACCCGCAUCGCCGGGAGCCUGGCCAGCGCCGCCCCAUGUGCGGCGUCUGCACGAAACCCCUCCGCGUCUGCCUCUGCGGCCGCCUUCGCGGCCCGCCGCUCGACACCACCGUCGGCGUCACCGUGCUGCAGCACACCAUGGAGGCCCAGCACCCGCUCAGCUCCGUCCGUGUAGCCCGCCUCGGCCUCCGCAACCUCGCCGUCGCUCGGGUCACUGACGUCAACUACCGCGCUAGCUUCCUCCUCACGACGCUUGACGGCGCCGCAGCCUCGAAUCUUGGAGGCGGAAGGACUGAUCUGGCAGAAGCCCAUGCUGAAAAUCAUGAUGGUCCCAGUGGUCAUGUGCAUAUUGGCAUACAAGAUGGCGACGGUCUGAGGCCGUGUGAAGGCAAAAGAUUGAAUCAUGCAAUCUCCAGUGGUUCUGAAAAGAUGGGCAUCAAUCCUUGGUAUCAUUUGGGUGAACAAAAUGCCGAUAUUGCUAUUCCUGGGCUACAUGCUCAUCAAGGAUUAGAUAAUGGGGAAAUGAGCAAUGGUGUUUCCUCUUUAGAUCGGGAAGCUGGUCGUGCUGAAUGUAACUGCAAUGGUGAUGAGUGUUUCAGAUUUGACAAGAUGAAAAGAUAUGAACAUGCUGCUAAUGGUGAAGUCCAACACAACAGCGAGACAGGGAUGCCAAAUAAGGUAAACGGUGAUCUGCCUCACCCUUCAGUACAAAAUACCUCAGAAUUUCACAUGCCGGCUAUAUGCAACUGUAAAAGUGUAUGCAAUGGAAAUGCUGAAGUUGGUGGUGCUAUCGAGCAAGGUUGGACGGUGGAAAACAUGGAUAGGUGCUCUAUUGCUUAUACAGAGAAAGAACUCAGGAUCGAUAUUGAGCGCAGCGCGAAGCCCAAAAUCAGAUGGCUGUCAAGAGGUCCGCUUGGUCAAAGAGCUGUCUCGAGUGGAUUUACAGUCGCAAAAAUACAAAAGAAGAAGUCAAAACUGACAGGCGAAGUGUCGGAGUUUGAGGAAUUCUCCAUCACAAUACCGCCGCAUUCAGCUUUGCUUUUUCCAUGCCAGCGUGCAAUCAGCAUUGAUGCUUCAGAUUGUCAGGUAAAACAUUUGAUUGUGUUGGAUGGCACGUGGGCAAAGGCACAGCGGAUGUACCAUGAGAAUCCAUGGUUACAACUUCUGCCACAUGUGAAGCUAGAAACAGAUAGGGUUAGCUUGUACAGUGAGGUGAGGCAUGAGCCAAAGGCUGGGUGCUUGUCUACCAUCGAGAGCAUAGUUGUUGCCAUGAAGAAACUUGGAGAGGAUGAGAAGGGAUUGGAUGAUGUCCUGGAUGUUUUCGAGUCAAUGAUUAUUGAUCAGCGGCGAUGCAAGGAUGAGAAUUGGAAGCCAAAACUGAAGUCAUAGUAUGGCACCUGGCCGUUUUUGUUGUCUAAAUUUUAUUUGACUGCUGGAUCCAUUUUCAGUCUAGAUAUCGUUAUAUCAUUAUCUGAUUCAAUUAAAUUUGCUAGCAUUAGCAUGUCCAAGAUGGUGCUUUUGUUUUGCCACCCACUCUUGGAAGACUUUGUUCUCAGUGCAGCUCCUUUUUUCACAUUUCCUGCUGGCGUGUAUAUGAACUCUGAUUAUGAAUAGGAUGAUGAUUGUUACGUGCACUC